CUUUGCCGUCUCCAUCCCAGUACAAUCCAUUGGCAAACCUCCAUUUCACCGGUCCGCCCCGCCACAGCUCGGCGACGAUGGCGGCGUUGGCAGCCUCCCGUGCAAAACGCGUACCGCCGGCCCUGCCCGCCUUGUUUGUCUCGUCCUCGGGCCACCCUUCCACGCGCUAUAUAUAGACGCCAUUGCAAUCGCAAGCACCGCCGCACCUCGCUAGCUCUCAGUCACCUACAGAGACGAGACGACUUGGUUCGUUCGAUCAGCUAGCUAGCCUACCAUGAGCAGCAGCCGCACCGUCCCCAUGGCGAGGUGCGCGGGCAGGAUCAAUACAUAUGACCGGAGGAGCCACUGCAAGGUGAAGGCUGUAGCGAGGGCUAGUUCAUGGUCGGAGAGCAUUGGGAAGGACUACUACAAGGUGCUGUCGCUGGAGCGCUCGGCGGCCGUGGGCGCGGAGGAGAUCAAGCGUGCGUACCGGCGGCUGGCGCUGCGGUACCACCCCGACGUGUGCCCGGCGUCGCGGCGCGCCGAGUCCACGGAGCUCUUCCUCGAGCUCCGUCGCGCCUACGAGACGCUCUCCGACCCGGCGCGGAGGGUGCGGUACGACGCCCAGCUGAGGACGACGGGCGGGGAGGAGGCGGCGGCGAGGGCAGGCGUUGAAUUCUCGAGGGACGUGUGGGAGGCGCAGCUGUGCGCGCUGCGCGCGCGCUCCCAGCGGCGGCGGCGGCCGCCGGUCUGAUUAGGCGCACGAGGCACGCGUGACGAGUUUGGGAUGUUCUGAUUGUUCUUUGAUCGCGAGACUCAUUGCAUCUGUUUUUUACUGGGGUGUACCUGAGUAGUGUGAAGUUAUAACUUACAAGUCUGUAUGUAUUAAUUCAUCUCUUUAGAGUUUGUUUGGUUUAAUGAAAAAAAGCAAUGGAUACAAAUUUGUGUAUGAAACAAAUUAAACACCCAUUGUACAAACUGCCGAUCAAAUUGAUAUUCAUGAACCAGAGGUUACUUUGUU